AUGGCAUAACUUCCAUUAUUAAUUCCAUGUGAAGAGAUUUAUGAUUUGGAUACAUUUCAAUUAGAAGAUAUGUAAACUAUGAUAAAAUCCUUUAUUACUGAUGAUGCUUAAUGGAAUAAGAAGUCUAAAAAAAUCUUAGAUUUGAUUGAGUUAGAACUUAAAGAAAGAUAGGCAAUAGAAAAUUUUGCUUUUAAUAUUCAAAUUGAAGAUUUCAUUCAAUAACCUAUCUAUUAAAAUAAUGCGCUUUAAGCUAUUUUAAAUGAUAUCAAAAAUAGGCCAGCUAAUUAUUUGGAUGUGUAAAUUUCAAAACCUCCUUUAUAAAAAUAUGAAUAGCCAAUCCAAUAAAAAUAAGAAUAGCAAAUAAAUCAAUAACAACAAUAACAAUUAAAUUAAUAACCUUAGUAGAGCUCUUAAAAAAUUUCAUAAUAAUAGUAAAGUUAAUCUGAUGCAUUGUCAACAAGUACUAUGACCAGAAGUAGUCAUCCUUAGAGUAAAGCACAACCAAAAAAACCAAAUCAGCUUUAAGAUUUUAUGAAAGAUGUCUUAAAGAAAACAGAUGUUUCGAAUUAAUAGUUUAUUAUAGGAGCUGCAUUAAAUCAUAGAUUUAUUCCACCUCCUCCUAAACCUCAAUUAAAUACAGUUGAUAAAAUUAAAUAAGAAAAAUUAAUGAGAAAGAAAAAGAAGAAAAAAUUAAGAACAGAGAGUUAAGGUAAAACUUUUGAACAUCUUCCUGCUAUUGGCAAAUAAUCAUUUACAAUUAAAACAUAAUCAAAAAUGGAAUAAUCAAAUGUUCAUUCUUAAAGUAGUACUUCUAAAUAGAAUUUUGAAUUGAAAUAGAAAUCAUUAGAUUGCAAUAUAAAUAAUCAAGAAAACAAAGAAGAGUUAAGUGAAAAAUGUAUUAUGAAUUCUUAAAUUUAAUCAAAUAAUUUAGUUGUUAUUACUAAUUAAUUAGAUCAAAAUGACCCAAAAGAUAAGAUCAAAGAUAAUGAUAAUAUUAAAAAUAAAAUUGAAUAAAAUAUUAAAAACAAUAUCGAUAAAAAUGAAGAAUGUCAAACAAAAGAUAAUAAUACUAAUAUGUAAUAAUAAUAAUAAUAAUAAUAAUAAUAAUAAUAAUAAUAAUAAUAAUCUUAAUCAUAAUAAUCAUAAUCAUAAUUAAAUAUUCAUAAUAAUUAAGUAGAAUUUAAAAGCUUCAUUAAUUAAAAUAAUAGUUAAAAUAAAAAUUAAGAAGAUUUUGAAUAAAAAUAAUAAGAUUUAGGUUAUCAAAAUAUAAAUAUACUGUAAAAAGGGAUUGAUGAUCAUUAAUUUAUUCCAUAAUAAGGAUAAAUUUAAAUUCAUAAUUAAGAUUAAACUAAUAAUAAUUUAGGUUUAGAAUAGUAAAAUGAGUUUCUACUUUAAAACUAAUAAAAUACUAACGAAUAAUUAGAUAGGAAUUAAAUUAGAGAAUAGAAAUAGAUUUAAAUGUAAAAUGAAGAGAUGGAAUAAAUUUAGAAGAGAAAUCAAUUAUUAUAUAGUCAUUAUAAUAAUGUUAUCAAUGAAUAUAUAAAUAAUGAUGAAUUGAUUGGGAAUUCAAAUUAGAAAGAUGAUUAUUUAAAAUAAAUUUAACUAUUACAAAAUAAAUAAAUUGAAGAAGAAGAAUAUGAAGAUAACAUGAAUGAUGAAGUUGAAAAUGAAAAUGAAGAGUUUACUUAGUAAUAAUCAAAACAAUAAUAAACAAAUAAAUAAAAGAAUAAUGAAUGUAUGAUUUAACUAAAAUAAAAUUAAGAAUAAAGAAAUUCAAUUAAAAAUUAAAUUAAUUCAAAGUAGAGUGUAAGUUAAUAAUCUUAAAGAAAAUUAGAUUAGAAAAAUAAACCAUCAAUAAAUCAGAAAGGGAAUGUACAAAAACAAUUAACAAUGGAAUCUAGAAAAUGUAUAUUAAUUUAUUAUUAUAAAAUAGCUGAUGAUAUUCAUGAAUUAGAGAGUGAUCAUGAUCAAAUAAAUGCUGGAAAACUAAAACCAAAUAAAGAAUAAGGAGUUAAAUAACUUGGAAAGAUUGAUUAAAGUAAAUAGAAAAUAGUACCUGAAACUAAAUAAAAGGUUAUUCUUACUGAUAAAGAGAAAAUGGAUGAAAUUAAUAACAUUUGUAAAGAAAUGGGAUUAGAUGAAUUUAAGGGAAAAUAAUAAUAAUCAACUAUUCCAAUUUAAAUAAAUAAAGCAAUAACCCCAAGUACUAACAAUAGACCAAAGAAUCCAUAAUCUAAAUAUAUUUAGAAAAUGCUUUAAUGCAUUGAUGAUUCAAAAUUAGAAGAUUAUUCUGAUAUUGUUCCAACAUUUUAACAUUUAUUUAGUGGAUUCUUCAAUAAUUAACCUCAUUAUAAUCAUUUAGAUGUAAUGAGAGAAAUAUUUAGUAUUUUCUCAUAACACAUUGAUAAAGUUGAUAAUGUUGAAUCUCUCUUAAGUAGGUACAAAUCAAAUCCUUUGGCAAUUAAUCCCAAUGAACUUGUUUAUAUUAAUGAUCCACAUAGAUUAAUACAAUAUUCCACAAGAACUGGUGUUGAUAUACAAUAAUAUAUUUAAAGAUAGAUGGUCUUUAAUAAACGACUUUAAAAUGAUUCAACAAAUUUAGGAAAGUAAGAAAGAUAUUUUAGAGUAGUGAAAACAAAAGAAGAGGUAUAUGGUAAUAAAUAUAAUAACAAUAGAUAUAAUAACUAGGUCAUUUAUGAGAAAAUAAGGAUGGACAGAAUUACCUCAUGGAAUUGGACUUAGAACAUCAUGGAAUGUAUUAUGGACUUGGUCAAAACCAUAGAUUGAUUUAAAUAAAUUGCUUCUUUUUUAAAAAGUCAAUCAUUUUCCAUUUAAUAAGAAUUUAGGGAGGAAAGAUUUAUUAAAGAAAAAUAUAGAAAGAUGUUAAAAACUAGGAACUAAAGCUUAAUAAAUUUUUGAUAUAAUUCCAUCAACAUUUUUGUUGCCAAAAGAAUAUGUAUAAUUUAUGGAAAAGUUUUAUAAAGACUCUGAAAUAGAAGGAUAAUAGAAUAUUUGGAUUAUGAAACCUACAGGAAAAUCUAGAGGUAGAGGAAUAACAGUAUUAAAUGAUAUAUCAGAUGUAAUGUAUGCUGAACCUGUAGUAUUAUAGAAAUAUCUUAAAAAUCCAUUAUUAUUAAAGGGACAUAAAUUUGAUAUGAGAAUAUAUGUGCUUGUAACAUCAUUUAAUCCUUUAGAAGUAUUUCUAUACAAAGAAGGAUUUGCUCGUUUAACAACAUAACCUUUUACUCUUGAUAUUAAUGAUCUAAAAAAUUAACUUGUUCAUUUAACUAAUUUUGCAGUACAAAAGACUCAUGUGUAAAUAUAGGAUUUAGAGUCAUAAUUAGGAGGUUGUAAAAUAUCCUUAAGAUAAUUGAGAGAAAAAUUAAUUGAUAGAAAUAUAGAUUGGAGUAAGAUUUGGGAGUAAGUUUAAGAUAUAGUAUUAAAAUCUUUGGUUGCUUGUUAAUCUGAAAUACCCAAUAAUCCUAAUAGUUUUGAAUUAUUUGGUUAUGAUAUUAUAAUAGAUACAAAUUAAAAAUGUUGGCUAUUAGAAGUAAAUGCUUCUCCAUCUUUAGCUAGGGAUUACAUUUUGGAUGAAUUAAUAAAAUAAUAGUUGAUUGAUGAUAUAUUUGAUUUGAUUGAUAGUCCAAAUUAUGAUAGAUAAAGAUUAUGUGAAGUAUUGGAGAGAAGAAUAUAAGAGGAAUAAGGAUGUAAAUCUGUAAUUAAUACUAUGAACAAUUCUAAAUUACAAUUAUAAAGAGAUUUAAAUUAUAUUUUAAAUGGUACUCAUUUACGUAGAUAUGGGGAAAUGCCAAAAUAAAUGGGAGGAUUUAUGAGAUUGGCUCCUUCAGAUAAAUAUGAUAAGUUGAAAUCUUUAGUUUAAAGUUAUAAAACAAUAAAUGGUAGAGGAACUAUAGAUUGA